AUGUCUGAUGAUACUUCAUCAUCAGAGCCCUCGGGUUCUAGCCCUACUGUGGCUCCUAAACAUUACACAGUGGCAGCUUCCUCGGAUGGAGAGGAUAGCGAAGAACAGGAAGAUGAGAGUUCACUGGAGGAAUCUCUGGGUAGUCUGGAGUAUGUGUCGGAGGAGUAUAUGGAUAGCGAAGAGUCUCUGGAGGAUGAGGAGUUUGUGGAGGAGGAGGAAUUUCUGGAGGAGAGCGAUUACCUGGAGGAGGAGGAUUAUCUGGAUGAGAAAACAUUUCUACAGAGAGAAGCUUUUCUGUUUAAAGGAGCAUUUGUGGAGGAGAAAACGUAUUUAAAAGAAAAACAUAUCUGCAGGGAAGAGUUUCUAGGGAAGCUUCUGGAAGGGGGAGAGUAUCUGCAGGAAGGGUGUCUAGAGAAGCAUCUGAAAGGGGGAGAGCAGUUUUAUCUGAGCAUCUGGCUGAGCCCAGUUCCCCAUAACGUUCAAGAAAGCAGUCUCCUAUCUGCCACUCCUUCCGGCUCUGACCAUGACCUGAAGUUCACCACGUCUUCUUACUACAGUUUUUUGGGAGCUGGUGUCUCUCUAAGAGACCAGAGCAGUCAGACGGAAUGGCCCUACUACGAGAGCAAGAUGGGAACGCCUUUAAGAUCAACAACCAUACUAGAUCAAGACUCCUCCUUCGAGCUAACACAUAAGAAAUCUGAUUUGGAAGAUACCUUCCCUCAAGGGUCCUUUUGGGAUGCUAUAAUCAAUGGGCCUUUCGACAAGCAAGACGCGGAAAACUUUGAUUCUCUUCCCAGCACCUAUCAGUCUGUGUUCAGAGAGAUCCUCAGGGAGCUGGCGUCUCAGCACGAGCUGGAACUGGAGGACGAGGAUGUGCCCCUGAGCAAACUGCUGGAGGGUGAAAACAGGAAGAAGCUGGGACUCUUGCUGAAGAAAAAUUUUGAAAAACACAGAGAAUCAAUUAUGUGGAUUAUAAACAACAGUGAAGAUCAGAAGAUGGACGAGGAGAGCACCACUACCAUCACGUACCUCGUAUCAGCUCUGCAACAGCCCCAGAAGCCAGAGGCAGAAGAAGUCAGAAGGAGUGUUUCUACUAUCAAGAAGACGUUAAAGCUAGACGCAGAAUGGAUACAGGCAAAGAUGAAGGUACACCAAGGUGAUGGAAAAAUAAUUACCUACCGCAGUGGGAAUAUUUUCCAUAUUCUUUUUCCUAAUGGCACGGGCCAAAUAUACUACCCAUCAGGGAAUCUGGCUCUGCUGAUCGCCUGCAAAGGAGUCUCCAAGGUCACAUACAUUGUUCUGGAAGACUGUGUAGAAAGGAAGAUCCGAGGCUUAGUCACCAACUCUGGCCAUGCCACCUUCUACAAUGAGGACGGGGAGAUCUGGUUGAGCCUGAGCAAAUUCCUGGGCUACUACUUCCCCGAAGGUCGGCAUCAGAAGGUGUGGAACUGGUGGGACCUGAACUUCCACGUGCACGCACCACCUGUGAUGUGCAUCACGUUGAAACUCAACAAGUAUGUCCAUAUACAAAUAAGGAGCCAGGACAAGGUCAUCUUCUGCUUCUUUGUCCCCAAAAGGAGGAGGAUUUGCAUAAACAUGGGUACCAGGUUCAAGUCUAUAAAGCUGAAACUGCUUCAAGCCAUGAAGAAGAAGGCGGUCCUGGAGACAGAGCCCGGCCCAACAUCGUGGAAGAUCCAGGCCCUUCUGGGAAAAAUAAGCAGGGGUCUGAAUUUCCUGAGCCUGUCUGACUUGGAACACUUAAUAGAGGUCGUCCAGGAUGCACUCAGCAACCUCAGUGCAAGGAAAUCUCGAAUCUGGCUUUAG